AUGGAUCCCAUGGAACUGAGCAAUGUCAACAUCGAGCCUGAUGAUGAGAGCAUCAGUGGAGAAAGUAUUCAAGAUAGCUACACCGGGAUGGGAAAUUUAGAAAAGGCAGCAAUGAGCAGUCAGUUUACUAAUGAAGAUGCUGAAAGUCAGAAAUUCCUGACAAAUGGAUUUUUGGGGAAAAAGAAGUUGGCAGAUUAUGACGAUGAACAUCAUCCUGGGACCACUUCCUUUGGAAUGUCUUCAUUCAACCUGAGUAAUGCCAUCAUGGGCAGUGGAAUCCUGGGCCUGUCCUAUGCCAUGGCCAACACAGGGAUAAUACUUUUCAUAAUCAUGCUGCUUGCCGUGGCAGUCCUAUCUCUUUAUUCAGUUCAUCUUUUAUUAAAGACUGCCAAAGAAGGAGGGUCUUUAAUUUAUGAAAAUCUAGGUGAAAAGGCAUUUGGAUGGCCUGGGAAAAUUGGAGCUUUUAUUUCCAUUACAAUGCAGAACAUUGGAGCCAUGUCAAGCUACCUCUUUAUCAUUAAAUAUGAACUACCUGAAGUAAUCAGAGCAUUCAUGGGACUUGAAGAAAAUACUGGAGAAUGGUAUCUCAACGGCAACUACCUCAUCAUAUUUGUGUCUGUUGGAAUAAUUCUUCCACUUUCUCUCCUUAAAAAUUUAGGUUACCUUGGUUAUACCAGCGGAUUUUCUCUUACUUGCAUGGUGUUUUUUGUCAGUGUGGUGAUUUACAAGAAAUUCCAAAUACCCUGUCCUCUGCCUAUUCUGGAUCACAGUGUUGGGAAUCUGACAUUCAACAAUACAGUUCCAAUGCACGUGGUGAUGUUACUCAACAACUCCGAGAGUAGUGGUGUGAACUUCAUGAUGGAUUACACCCACCAGAAUGCUGCAGGACUUGACGAGAACCAGGCCAAGGGCUCUCUCCAUGGCAGUGGAGUAGAGUUUGAAGCACACAGUGAUGACAAGUGUCAGCCCAAAUACUUUGUCUUCAACUCCAGGACGGCCUAUGCAAUUCCCAUCCUAGCAUUUGCUUUUGUAUGCCACCCUGAGGUCCUUCCUAUCUACAGUGAACUUAAAGAUCGGUCCCGGAAGAAGAUGCAAACAGUGUCGAAUGUCUCCAUCACGGGGAUGCUCGUCAUGUAUCUGCUUGCUGCCCUCUUUGGUUACCUAACCUUUUAUGGAGAAGUUGAAGAUGAACUGCUUCAUGCUUACAGCAAAGUGUACACGUUUGACACCCCUCUUCUCAUGGUGCGCCUGGCUGUCCUUGUGGCGGUGACACUGACCGUGCCCAUAGUGCUAUUCCCUAUUCGCACAUCAGUGACCACACUGUUAUUUCCCAAAAGACCAUUCAGCUGGAUAAGGCAUUUCCUGAUUGCAGCCAUAAUUAUUGCUCUUAAUAAUGUUUUGGUCAUCCUUGUGCCAACUAUAAAAUACAUCUUUGGAUUCAUAGGGGCUUCUUCUGCCACUAUGCUGAUCUUCAUCCUUCCAGCAGUUUUCUAUCUUAAACUUGUCAAGAAAGAACCUCUUAGGUCACCCCAAAAAGUCGGGGCUUUAGUUUUCCUCGUGGUUGGCAUCAUCUUCAUGAUGGGAAGCAUGGCACUCAUUAUAAUUGACUGGAUUUACAAUCCCCCAAAUUCCAAGCAUCAUUAA